UGGAGUCUUAGAGGUGCUCGAGUGUGUGUGUAUGAGUGUGUGUGUUUCAGCAUGUUCUCCGUCCCUCGGCUGCUGUUGCUGCUGCUGCUGCUGGAGAUCUCCACGAGCUUGAGGAAGAUCAGCCGACACAACGCGCUCAGAGUCCGACAGGAAUGGAGUGAUGUUGUUGCUGAUCUCCCUGAGCUGCAACUGCAGACGGUCCUCUUGGAUCAGGAGGUGUGUGUUCGUGUUCGACUCUCCAUCAGGCCUCUCUUGUCAAAUGAAACACUGGAGAUCAUCUUCAAUAACUCUGAGAUGGGGACAUCAGACACACUGACCAUCAGGAGAAAAAACACACUGCUCCUGUGGAACAGCAGUGCUGGUGAUCAGUUUUUUCAGCCGUACAGAACUAAACUCCAGAUGAAUGAAGCGAGCGCAGAGUCACAGCAGGCCUUCUGGAUCCUGCGCUAUAACUGUUUCUCAGCUCAGUCUGGAUCUGUUGUCUCAGUCUCUGCUCACAGAAAUGACCAGCCACUCAUCACAGCAUCCCACACCGUCCAGCACACAGAAACACUCCUCUGCUGAGUGUGUCGAGAUAAAACACCACGGCCAGGUUGAUCCACAGGAGCGUCCAACGCUGAACCUGAGCUUCCCUCACCUGGUGCCGUGUGUGUGUGUUCAGCUGUGGUUUACUGGAACUGAUGUCAAACGAAAAACUGAGUGUCCCUUAAAAGACAGGAUCCUGCCACAUGGAGGUGAUGUCCUGUCCUCCAGUUCUGUUGAACUCUAUGGCUCUGUUCUGCUUUGGAAGCCUCUCUGUCCCUCUGACCAAUCCGAUCCCUCCAUCUCCCUCUGCUGGCGAAUCAAUGCCCAGGACCCUCACUGUGUCCCCGCCCCCAACGGCACCCUUCAGGGGUCAAACCUGGAGUAUGAUGUGUCGGCAGUGGACAAACACCCUCAGAUGUGUGUGCAGGUUUCUCUGAACAGCAGUCGGCGGCUCUUCUGUCCAUUCCAGUCAGAGGGCCGCUCUGAGUGGUCCGUGAUGCUGGUUUCGGGGUCUCUGCAUCUGCAUCUGCAGCUGAAGACUAACACUGAUGCUAAUUUCUCCGCUCAGCUGUGCCACAGAGAUGGAGACAUGUGUGCAUCCAUAGGACCAGUCGUCUCCCGCACAGUGACAGGAGGCGCUGUAGAGUCACAGAUCAGUGUUUCCCUGCCCUUCCUCUCCUCUGGACUCUGUGUGCAGGUUUGGCGUGUGGAUCUUCAUGGCCGGCGCAUCAUCUGUCCUGACUUGGUGCACCGGCGCUGGGGUCUUCUGCUGGGCUCUGCUGUGGUUCUGCUGCUGCUGAUGUUCUGUGUUACACUCCACCUGCUGGACAGGAGCAGCUCAGCGCUGCGCGGGUCCGAGCGCCGGCCGCUGCUGCUGGUCUGCUCCUCCAGUGAUGCGCAGCAUGUCUCCGCCGUCUGCAGUUUAGCCUCCGGCCUGCAGGGGGAGCUGUGCAUGGAUGUAAGGCUGGCGCAGUGGGCGCAGUGCUGUCAGCGGUCGUCUUUGGCUCAGCUGGGACCCGUCCCGUGGCUGUACGGCCAGACCCAGAGCGUGCAGAGAGCCGGCGGGCUGGUGCUGAUCGUCUGGAGCCCUGAAGCCCAGCAGGAGUACCACAGAUGGAGGAGGAACUCUGCAGAAGAAAAGAAACCGGCAGAGGCGACCUCCAUCACGGCUCCAGAGGCGUCCUCCAUUACGGCUCCGGUGUUCAGAGCGGCGCUGUCCUGUCUGUGGACGGGGAUACACAGUGAUGGACGUGGACGGGGAUUUGGAUUGGUUUGCUUUCAGACUCUUGAUAGCAACAGCUGCAUCCCGAAGCCGCUGCGCUGUGUGCCAAAGUUCUGCCUCCCGAAGGAUCUGCCCGGUUUGAUCCACCAGCUGAGCGCUGCAGGGGACGGAGCCAGGCGGUGCUGGACCCGUCUGCUGUCCAAGGUGCUGUCCUUUUCUGCAUCACGAAAACUGGCUCCGAGACUAGAGGCGGCGCUGUCAGUGCGGGACCCGCUCAUCCCCCAGACCCCACAGGGGAGAGUCCGCAGAGCAAACACACGCAGGAAACACAGACGCAGGAGCAGAGCUGGAUCUGUGUGUUCAUGCCAGAAGCAGAGCUCAGAGUCAAACCCUGCACCACAUCUCACACCAUAGAGCCUGCGCUUACAACCAACAAGGACAUGAUCCAGAGGACAUUAUCCUCACUGUCCUGCCUGAAACACAUGAUCCCUGACCCAUGGCACUCGUGAGCGUGCACACAUCUGGACGGGAACUGUACUUGUAGUCUAAAUGUGCAAUGGUCAUGUGAUCAGGGCUUGACAAAUCAGGGAACGAUAUGCAGUAGUCCAGAAGACCAAUCAGAGAGUGACUGUGGAUAGCCACGCCUCCACUUUAAGUGUUGUCCUGCAGAUUCUACCUCCAACCCUCAUCAAACACACCUGAACAAGCUGAUCAAGCUCUUACUAGGUAGACUUGAAACACCCGGGCAGGUGUGCUGAGGCAGGUUGGAGCUAAACCCUGCAGGCCACCGGACCUCCAGGAAUGAGAUGAGGGUGACAGGGGGUGACCCCUGUUAUAUAUUAUGGACGUCUGUGAUUUCAGACACAGCAGAGUUUCUCAUCAAAUCUUCUGACCAAUCAGAUGCUCUCUAGUGUCUGAUAUACCCCGCCCCCUUCUUCUCAUUGGCUGUUCAUUUGAUGCUC